GAUGAAGAUGAGACGCCAUAAACUCUUUCUGACUCUCUGCAUGGCUGGUCUCUGCCUCAUCUCCUUCUUGCACUUCCUCAAGGCCCUUUCCUAUGUCACCUUCCCCAGGGAGCUGGCUUCGCUUAGUCCCAACCUCGUCUCCAGCUUCUUCUGGAACAAUGCCCCCGUCACGCCUCAGGUCAGCCCUGAGCCGGGGGGUGCAGAGUUCCUCCGCACACCCCUGUAUUCCCACUCCCCUUUGCUCCAGCCCCUGUCUCCCAGCAGAGCCAGCGAAGAGCUGCACAAGGUUGAGUUCGUGCUGCCAGAAGACUCAACGGAGUACUUUGUCCGUACCAAAGCCGGUGGCAUUUGCUUUAAACCAGGCACCAAGGUGUUGGAGAAGCCGCCCGUGGGAGGUCGGCAGGAGGAGCGAGCGGAUGGCGCAGCCUCGGGGCGGCCGGCUCGGAAGCCGCUGAGCUCCAGCGGAACCAAGCGCCGCAAGUGGGUGGAAUGUGUGUGUCUGCCGGGCUGGCACGGCCCCAGCUGUGGGGUCCCCACCGUGGUCCAGUACUCCAACCUGCCCACCAAGGACCGCCUCGUGCCGCGGGAGAUCCCUCGGCGGGUCAUCAACGCCAUCAACGUCAACCACGAGUUUGACCUGCUGGAUGUCCGCUUCCACGAGCUGGGAGACGUGGUGGAUGCUUUCGUGGUGUGCGAGUCCAACUUCACGGCCUACGGAGAGCCGCGGCCCCUCAAGUUCCGCGAGAUGCUCCUCAACGGCUCCUUCGACUACAUCCGCCACAAGGUGCUCUACGUCUUCCUGGACCACUUUCCCCCCGGCGGCCGCCAGGACGGCUGGAUUGCUGACGAUUACCUCCGUACCUUCCUCACCCGGGACGGCAUCUCUCGCCUCCGCAACCUGCGCCCGGACGACGUCUUCAUCAUCGAUGAUGCUGAUGAGAUCCCGGCCCGUGAUGGCGUGCUCUUCCUCAAGCUCUACGACGGCUGGACAGAGCCCUUCGCCUUUCACAUGCGCAAAUCGCUCUAUGGCUUCUUCUGGAAGCAACCAGGCACCUUGGAGGUGGUCUCGGGCUGCACCAUGGGGAUGCUCCAGGCUGUCUAUGCUACCGACGGGAUACGUUUGCGGCGCCGUGAGUACUACACCAUGCCCGGCUUUCGGCAGUAUGAGAACAGCACAGGACACAUCCUGGUGCAGUGGUCGCUGGGCAGCCCCCUCCACUUUGCUGGCUGGCACUGCUCCUGGUGUUUCACCCCAGAGGGGAUCUACUUCAAACUGGUGUCAGCCCAGAACGGGGACUUUCCCCGCUGGGGUGACUACGAGGAUAAACGAGACCUCAAUUAUAUCCGGGAGCUGAUCCGGACUGGUGGCUGGUUUGAUGGUACCAUGCAGGAGUAUCCCCCUGCUGACCCCAAGGAGCAGAUGUAUGCUCCCAAGUACCUGCUCAAGAACUACCAGCGGUUCCGCUACUUGUUGGAGAACCCCUACCGAAAGGUGGAGGGUGCUGGGUGAGGCCACCGAGGCUCCAGCUUGGGUGGGAAAUCAGAACUUUAGAACAAAGGGAAAGAGUCGGGUGUUUUCGUCUGUUCCUGUUCUUCUUUAGUUUCCUUUGUUUAUGGGCAGGGUGUGCCGUUUUUCUGCGGUCUCUGCCCUCCCUCACUUCCCAUUCUUCUUCCCUUCACCCCAGGGUGAUGCCUGGGAACCCAAAUUCCUCAGUCACACGAAGGGAGGCCUGGACAGGAGGGAGAAAGAUGCUGGGGACCUGUUCCGUAGUAGCAUAAAGACUUUCUUGCAUCUUCCAAACCUCUCCUGCUGGCUGGAGAGAAUCUGCAGCCAGCUGGCAGAUUUUCCUCCAGGGAAGGCUGAGAGGGUCCCAUGGGGAGAGAGGGCAGCUGUUCCCAUCCACCCUCAUCCUUUGUGGAUUGGAGCAAGCAUAGAUGCAAGCCUGGGCUGUUCAGUGAGCGUGUGAGUCAGCAGGCACAAACUCUUGUGAGUGGUUGUGUGUGCAGAUGUGUGUCACUGGCAUUUUUUGGAUGAGUGAAUGUGCAAAAGCAUCUUGGUAUGCUUGUUUUUUGUUUUUGUUUGUUUGCUUGUUUUUGUUGUUGCUUUUUUUUUACUACCUCUGUAUUCAGAGGGUAUUUUGGGGAAAGGAAAUCCUUUGCUUCCAAGGUGUCCUUCUCAAGUUGCAGCCCCUUGCACAGGCUUAAUGCAUUCCUGGGCUGGGUCUUGCCCCAGUAUUCUAACAAUCCUGCAGGAGAUGGAUAGGAAGCAGAGGAGAAAGCUGGGUUUGAGGGGUUUUUCUGUUCAUUUUUCCUCCCUGCCCCCACAACACUGCAUGGACUUGUCCUACAGAAGCCAAAGCAUCUCCCCUGCAGUACAUGCUUUUGUUGGGGCUGAGAUAAGCUGCAGGGGACUCAGUCAGAUGGUGGGAGUGUAUGUUUGCAAGUGCAUGGUUGCCUGUGUGCAUGAGUGCUCACAUGCAUGGGUUUGGUGUGCACCUGGAUGUUUGUUACCAGUACUGGGGGGGAAGGGCUUGGCUGUGUGUGCUUGCAGAAAAUGGUGAUAUCCAGAAGCUCUCGUGUCAGUCUUGGCAUGGAUGACUUUUUGGGCAAUGCAUAGGAGAGGACCAGGGAUAGCAGUGGCUCUGCAUAGCAGUGCUGUGCAUGUGGGACUGUUGCAUGCCUCUCUGGCUGCCUCUAGAGCCCUGCAGGCUGUGCCUGUUGCAGGGCUGCUGCUUAUACAUGCUGGCUACUCCUUCUUACUAUGGGGUAAUAAAAGGGAGAAGAGGAAUGGCCAAGUUCUGAUUGUUGUGGGCAAACAAAGCUUGUCAAGGCACAGGAUCAAUCUGUCUGCCCUCAGGGUGUGAGGGAGCUCAUGAAGAAACAGGCUGUGGGCAGAUUCUCCCUGGGGGCAAGAGACUUUUUGGGGACCACUGUGCAAUCCAGUGUGCGCAGCCCACAUCUGCAGCCUGGGCCACAUAGACAAGACCAUGGAGAGGAGAAGGGAUGUAGGAGGGUGCUAGUUGCAGCUGUUUGGGCUGGUGUCUGCUCAGGCCAUGGGCAGUGAGGAUCUGGCCUGCUGUUGUAUUGGGUCAUUCAGCUCACUGAGGAGGCAGAUUCUUGUCUCCACCCUUACCACCACCCGUCCUUAGCAGAUGGCUUGACAGGGUGCCCAGAGCCUGGGUCGUAGUGGGCAGAGGGUGAAAAACAUAAUGAACUUGCUCUCUUAGCCUUGCAGUGGAAAGACUGACUCAUGUUCCAAGCAGAAAUCAUAUGGAGGAGGAUAAAGAGGAAUGCGUUGGCACAAAGAAGUGUGGCCCUUCUGGCCAGCUGUUCUAAAGCAGGAGGGUUUUCAUUGCCCUUAACUCCAUCAGGGCUCCAUGGUCCUGUGUUGCCCAGCACUUGCCAUUGUGCUUCAUUCCUACCUAUGUCUCUCACUCUUUUUCCCUCCUAGUCCCCUCCUCAGAGAAAGUGAAAUUCUCAACAAAAAUAACUUGCUCCCUAGUAAGGCUGAGACUGUAAUAGAAAGAAGAUUAAUGUCUUUUUCUGUUCAAAUUGAGAUGUAGUUCACCUUAGCUCCUUCCACGUGUUGUAUGCCAUAAUGCCCGCUUCGAAAAACUGAAGGAACUUCCUUUCUGUUAUUAUUUUUGGUUUCUUUAGAAUCACUGUUCUCAGUGCUGUUGUGUCUUCCCCACAGGCAGAGGAGCCCCUUUGGGAACUGGGUGGACAGACAAACCUAGCUAGGCAGAAUGCUCUUCCCCCAGAGGGAAGUUGUGGCUCUUUAAAGUCCAGACUUAAUGAUGUAGCAGAAGGAACUCGUCACAGACACUGGGUUCUGGUGCUGAGCAACUGUGCAGAGGUCUUAGGUGUAGAGAGAUUAUAGAGAAAUGGGGUCCUAGCUGAAAAAGUUUUAAGCAAGAUGAAAGCCAUAGCACUGAGGAUGCGGCACAGGGGGAAGAUGCUUUCCCCAGGGCCAGCUGGAGGAGGGCAGGUGUGUUAGCUCAUGCAAUUUAGCAGCAGAAAAGUACGGAAGGAAGAAGCCAUUUCUCAUUUUUACUCUGAGGAGAGAGCCUGAGGUCUCCUCUUGGACUUUUUGUCUUUACCUUUUCUCAGUGAUAAUGCAAGGCCAAUACCAGGCUUUGCUGGAGACAGAGGACAAAGACAAGCCAGUCUUUGCGUGGGUGCUUUGGCAUCAGCAGAGCCCCACUUCAGCAGCAGCUGAAGUUCAUGUAUGCUGGGAUUGCACCUCCUUAUCUCCCACAGUGGGAGAAGCCUCUCCUCUGAUAUCAGCCCUUCCCAUACACGACCAUCCUUGGGGAUUUUUAGUGCACAACAGUCAUGUUUUCAGUGUUGAGAUAUGGCCCUUGUCUCUUGGGAGUUUGAUAAGCCCACAGCUGCAGUAUCUGCUUCUCCUGCUUCUGAAGUACAGCCUGUUGCCUUUUCUCCUCUACUAUUUGCUCCACCAUUCUCAUCUUCUCUCUCUGUUUUGUCUUUCCCUUCUGCUCCCUUGGGCUGGAGAAGGAAUUCUGGGGCUCUUGUGCAGGACUCCUGCCCUGCCUGCCUCCUGGACUUACUUCCUUCCUUAUUCUUAGGAAAUUAAAUUUAAUCCAGACUUCUGCUGUAGUGGGAGGAAGGGACUUUACAGAUGACUUGCAUUCUUUAUUGUUUCUCUUUCUCAAGAAUUGUUUGAACAUUUUUUGAUUUAAGGCCAAACCAGUCAAUGUUUCUGUCUAAUUUGUCUGGCUAACCCUGUGUUUAUUAUCCUUAGGGAGCUAGAGUGCUUGUCAUUAAAAAUCUUCCUUCUUGUCCCUGGAGGGAACAGACACUACUAAGCUGGCAUUCACACAAUGAUUUUCCAAGGUGGUGGCUUACCCUCUGCUCAGCCUUGCCUGUGCUGCCUGUUGGGACUUCUGCAGCCAGCUCCUGGUGGGACAACCACUCCUCCAGGGAACUGCCACAGGAGAGAUGUCAAAAGUAUGUGGGUGUGUGAGGUGGUGAGAGAGGCAAAGCAGGAAGCAGGUUUGUGUCAGAUCCUUGUUUCCCAGUGCUGGACUCUGUGGUGAGCACUGAAGCUCCUUCAUCUUACCUGAACCAGGUUCUGGAAUUUGAGAAGGGAAGGACCAAGAACCUUGUCCUGGCACUGGGCUGGAACUGGGAUUAGACUACCAGAGCCUGAUGUCUGCGGGUUGUUGCAGACAGCGGGCAGUGAAUCCUGUUGUCUCUCUUGGACCAAACUGUCUAGUGGACCAAGGAAAUACAUCACUAGCCUUUUCAUUCCCAGAAGAUUUUUUUACCUCCAGGUUGGUAAAAAGUGGGACCAGGAAAUAGGCGAAGCAGUGUGUGGCACACCCAAGCCCUGCUGUUUUUUCUGUUUGUCUCUUGUUGUCUUUCUUUGUGCCUCUGACCUACAAAGAGAUUGUGUUCCUAUACAUGGCUUUGGACUGGAGAACGUCUCUUCCUCUUUUGCCCCAAGUGAAAGGAAGGAAGGGUGUGGUAUUUGGUGGACCUGCAGCAGGUGAGCUUGCUAAAGCAGAGGGAGUAGGGCAGGUCAGACAUAUUUGCCCAUCUGGGGGUAAAGCGACACCCAAGUGACAGAAAAGAUAUGGUGACUUUGUGCCUGUGGUUGGUAUGGAGGAUGACAUGCUCAAGCCCACUCUUGCUGUUGCUUUCUCUGAUCCCUGUGUCCUGCUGAGGUGUUUGCUGUUGUGCUGCCCAGGCCAACCUACUCUGUCUCUGUGACAAGUAAACAAGGAAACUGAGUUGGCAUGGAGGGAGAGUGUCAGAGCAGAAUGGCUGUUCAUUCCCCCCUGCCUGCCUUGCUGUUUCCUUGUGGGUUGGUGUCUCUCCCCCUCCUCAGUAUCCCCAGGGCUCUCUCCCUGUGUCCCAGCUCCUGCCGGCAAUCUCUGUGGCUGUUAUGCCUCCGCACUGUGAAGACGCGUGUCCAGGGUCACUCCUGGUUCCAUUAGUGAACACUGGUGGUGAAGAGGGAAGGGAUGCCUCAUCCUGGUUUCACUGACCUCUAACCUUGGUGAGAAAGGAGGGAAGUGAGUGGGAGAAUGGAUCCUGUAACCUUCCAUCAUUGUGUUCUCCCUAAGCACCUCCUUUCUGAUUUCUGAGACAUUGGACAGACUCACUCCUGUUAUGGAAAGGGAAGGGGAGCUGGAGGGUAGGGGGGUGGCAGGAGGGGCUCAGAUCCAGCAUAGAGAAAGAAGAACUGUUUCUAAUGCAAUACACUGACAUUUUAAAGCUUUGGGCACUACAGGUAAUGGAUUAAGAAGGGAUCUGAAAUACUUUGAGACUAAGAAUUCAAACCACUGUUUUUUCCUGCCUGUGUGGAUGAUGAUGCAGUAUCAUCCUGGAGGUGGUCCAGCAGCACUUCUGAGCCUGGGGUCCACCUGGACCUAAUGCUGGUGUUGCUCCUGGAAGGGCUCCAGGACACCCUGCUUUGGACAAAGAAUGCGUGGACUUGCCAAAAACUAAAAAGAAAAGAAAAAAUAAGAGCAUCUGCAAAGCUCCUUUCAACUCUGUAAUUUAUAAACAGCAAGUAAUAAUGAACUUUUUGUAAGGAUAAAUCAAAUGUACAUUCUGAAAUCAUUUUCUCUGUAAAUGGUUGGAUUUCAUUUCACCCUUAAAGGGAUGCUUAAAAGGAGGAGAUAAUAAUAAAAAUUAAAAAAAAUUUACAAAGUAUGAAAGGAAA